CUUUGGAUCUCCCCAGUCCCAAAGUGAAGUGAGCAAGUGCGGAAUUCGAGAACGACGGUCACACCAAGUUCUACACAGAGACAAGAUGACUCAGGACGCGGCACGCGUGAGCGCUGUCACGCUGCUGCUAGGCAAUGAGGCACGUGAGCUGUUGCUCUGCCCCGGUUUGCCGCUGCAGGAACUUCUACAGUGCAUUACGGCGGGCUUCCCAGGCGUCAACAAGCCGCCAGUGGCGGUACGACACGAUUCCAGCCACGUGUACUACCCGCUGUCGCUGCUGUGUCGCUCACCUGAGCUGUUUGAGAACGCCUCAUUCCACCUCGUGCUGGACGGUGAGCCUCUGGAGGCCCAAGAGCCCAUUAGGAAAAGUAACAGACAUAGACACCGCGCCCAUGGCCGCAAACGUGGCGCCAAAGCCCACGAUAUGCCCAAUCGACGGGAGUACCAGGCAGUCACGACGACCUCUGAGGCGAACGAAGAGGACGAGGACGUCGACGACUCUGAGGGGGAAGAGAAGGAGGACUUCGAGGCUGCGUCUACGGAGGACGAGCUGGAUCUCGAUCUCUCGGACUUUGAGCUGCCGCAGCUUGUCAAUGUAUUCACACAGGCCUGUCCCACGGGCGCAUUGGACCGCAUUACGUUCAACAGAUGCCUGGAGAAGAUUCUGUCGCAGUCUGGACGCUACGACCCGCAGGCGAGGAAGAUGUUCACCAGACUUUUCAACAUCUUCGAGGAACAGAGUACACGCAAGGACAUUGUAGACGUAGCGGACUUUCUUGGAGGUGUCUCGGUCUUUGCGUGUGGAGAACGUGACGAGAAGAUUCAGCUGACGUUUGAACUCUAUGACAUGGACGGCGACGGGUUCAUCUCGAAGGAAGAGAUGAUGAAAUACCUGACGGCGGUGUUCUUGGUGAUUGGAGAAUCGACGCCGGAGCUUUUCCAGCAGAACAACAUAAAUCCAGCAGAGUUGGGGAUCGUGACGGCAAGCCAAUGUUUUGCCGAGUCGACACUGAAUCGGGACGGAAAGCUGUCCUAUGAGGCAUUCCGAGAAUGGUAUUCCAAGCCUGGACCGACACAACUCGUUGCUUCGAAGCGCGGCAAAACCAAAACUGGUGGGAACGGUGUGCAAGCUUCAGAAGGUCUGGAUUUGGCAACGUUGCGCGAACUGACAGGUCUGUCCGCCUUGAGUGCGUCAGAUCUUUUCUCCAUCUUCAGUGCUUCGUCGUCCAAUAAUGGUGGCAAGAAGGAAGUGCUUACCCGCACCGAGUUCAAACGAUGUUUUUAUGCCAUUUUGGAGAGAUUGAACCGGGAACCUACCCACGAGAUUGCGAAGUUCUUGGAUCGACUCUUUGAUGCAUUCGACGAAGACGAAAGCGACUGUGUAGACUUUGUGGAGCUGAGCAGCGGGCUCUCGGUGCUGUGUGGUGAUUCAAAUGAAGACAAAGUGAUGGCGGCGUUUUCACUUUUCGACACGGAUGGAGAUGGAUACAUUACGCAGCAGGAGAUGGAGACGUAUCUGGCAUCAGUGUUUAAAGUCAUGUACGAGACCACCCCAGCAACAAGACAAUUCAUUGGAAUCGACGCUAAAACUUUAGCUCAUUACACAACGUUGCAAGCUUUUGAAGAGGCAGAUGUAAACCGAGAUGGAAAGCUGUCGCUGGAGGAGUUUCGUUCGUGGUAUUGGGUCUACGGGCGGCACUACCAGCAGCAUACGAUGGGCCCACCUGCCGGCCCUCACCGUCAGCCCGGUAUGACUGACCAUCACGCAUUUGGAACAUCGAACUUUGUCGCAUCACUCACAGGCCUGCGAGAUCGAGCACCUAGCGAUGUAUUUGAAGUCAUUGCGGCGAAAGUAAACGAAGAUGGUGUUCUGUCGCGGGAAGCUUUCUUUUCUAUCGUUGAUGAGCUCGUUGAGGAUCAAGCCGCGAGUACGAAACACAAGCCGGGUGUCGAGGAAAAGAACCAACUGCAAAAGAUUAUGGAGACUGUAUUUGACGGCUUUGACACUGAUCACGAUGGUUUUGUUGAUUUCUGCGAGUUGUCCAGCGGCUUUUCGGUUCUAUGCAGCGGGUCUCAGGAAGAGAAAAUUAAGUCUACGUUCACAUUGUUUGACAUCAAUCAAGACGGCUUUAUCUCGCGCGAUGAAAUGGAAACGUACCUGGCUUCAGUAUACCGGAUUGUUUUCAUGACUUCUCCUACCACGAUGCAGCAGCUUCACGGGAUUUCUCCAGAAGAACUCGCUCGGAUUACAACAGCUGAUGCGUUCACUCUGGCGGAUACAAACCAGGACGAUCGCUUGAGUUUUGAGGAGUUUACCAAAUGGUACAGCACUCAAGGCGCACCCCAGCUACCAAUGAUGCAGCCAGCAGGUGCGCCAACAUUCUCAAAUGGCGCGGUGUCAUCCCCUCGAGUGUCAUCCCCUCGAGUGUCAUCGAUGUUUUCACGAGGAGUACUCGCUGAAAUGAAGGAGCUAACGAACCUGAGCGCGUACGAUGUUAACGAUAUCUUCGAGUUCUUUCAGGCUUCGGCAGAUAAGGAGGGCAAUGUAUCGCAGCCAGUUUUCUUCCGUUGUUUCAACAAGUUGCUGGCGAAAGACGGACGAACUAGUCGCGAGACGCAGAUGAAGACGCAGCAGCUUCUGAAAGAGCUUUUCGAGCUGUUUGAUGCCGAUAAGAAUGGAGUAGUCGACGUGCAGGAGCUCGGUGCUGGACUCUCGAUUCUCUGCGGCGGAAGUCGAGCGGAUAAGGCAAAGUCGAUGUUCACUUUGUACGAUGUCAACCACGAUGGCUACAUCUCCCCAGAGGAAAUGACUUCUUACUUGACGUCUGUCUUCAAGGUGAUGUUUAAGGCUUCCCCGGAGCUGCCAGCGAAGACGGGAAUGACGCCUGAACAGCUCGCUAAAACGACUACAAGGGAAUGCUUUCGAGCUUUCGACCACAACCGUGACGGGCAAUUGAGUUUCGACGAAUUCCGCGUUUGGUUUGAGCAGCAAAACCCUCACACGCAACGUCCGCAAGUCUCGAACGGUAACAGUGGCUCACGUCCUAGUGCUCCUGCCACUACCUCGUCGUCUGGCUCGAGCGAUGCGGAUGCAUCGGGUGUAAUUCCGAUUGAAGUUGCGAAGAAACUGUCUGGUCUGGAAGGAAUGUCCCUGGAUGAAGUGUCGGAGAUAUUUUCCGCGGCAACUGGUGGAGGUAAGCGAAUCUCGCGACGUAUCUUUGACGAGUGCUUUUACAAGCACAUCUGCAGUAAAGCCACGCUUGGUUUAUCGGUGGAAGACAGCACUCGCGUGCAUGAAGUGAUUAACCGGCUAUUCACCGCAUUUGACAGUGAACAAAAGGGUAUCGUUGACUUUAACGAGCUUAUCAGCGGGUUGUCUAUCUUAUGUGGCGCUUCUAGUCGGGAUGAGAAGGUUCUGGUUGCGUUCAAAGUUUACGACACGAAUGGAGACGGUGUGAUCUCAGAGGAAGAGAUGACUCACUACCUGGGAUCAGUGUUUAAGUUGCUCUACGCACUCGAUCCUACACGGAAACAGCAGCUUGGAAUUUCGGCGAAAACUCUGGCUGCAGUGACAGCUAGCGAGAUUUUCGAAGUCGCGGACGUCAAUAAGGAUGGAAACCUAACCUUUGAGGAGUUCCAGAAGUGGUAUUCAAGACCAGAGCAGUCGUCAUUCAACGAAAUCGUGGCUCCUUUGGAUCUCAACGAGGUGCGUCAAUUGACGAAUCUGGGAAACCUAGACGUGGUCGAAGUAUUCGAGCGGUUUGCCGAGCAUGCAGAUGAGGAUGGGAUGCUGAACCGAGAGUCGUUCGACAAGUGCUUCUUUGAGAUCAUCGAAAUGGCGCACCCACGCACUCAGAUCGAAAAGCUGCGCGCCAAAAUGGUGGCAGAUCGCUUGUACGAUGUGUUUGACCGUGAUGGGAACGGGCAGAUUGACUUCAGUGAGCUUGCUAGCGGACUCUCAGUACUCUGCAAGGGCGCGCGAGACGCCAAAGUAAGAGCAGCGUUCCGUCUGUACGACUUUAACGAAGACGGAUUUAUUUCUCUUGACGAGAUGAAGCGAUAUCUGACGUCCAUUUUCAAGGUGUUGUACGAAGUGCAGCCCGAAAUGAGGCAGGAGACUGGGGUGUCAGCUGAAGAACUCGGUGUUGUUACAGCGGAGCAGGCGUUCCUGGAAGCGGAUUCGAACCACGACGGCAAGUUAAGUUACGACGAGUUCUUGAAGUGGUACAAUUCCCCGGCACAGGCAGGAAUUAGCAGUGCUGUCGCCAAAAACGCCAUCGUUGAUUCAUCACUGCACUGGAUGCCGCUCAACGAAAUUAAGCAGCUCACGAAUCUCGCUCAAUAUGAACCGGAAGAAGUCUUUGAGAUCUUUGCUGGUGAAGCAGAUGAAGACGGAUUGCUGUCGCGAGACGCCUUCAAUGAAAGCUUUCGAAAGGUAAUUAGUGGUCAGAAGUCCAAGGGGACGCAAGCAUCGGAUGUUGAAACGCAGAAGAAGUUACAAGAGGUUGUUGACGGCCUCUUUGAUCUGUUCGACACGGACAACAGUGGUGCUGUGGACUUUGGGGAGCUGGCUAGCGGGUUGUCGGUGCUUUGUGGCGGUACGAAAGACCAAAAGGUGGAGGCGGCCUUCUCGUUAUUCGACUUCAAUGGCGAUGGAUUUAUCUCGCUGGAUGAGAUGACUCGGUAUCUCACGUCUGUGUUCCGUGUACUCUUCCAAGUGUCGCCGGACACUCAAUCCCUUGGUGUAACUCCUGAAGAGCUGGGCGAAGUGACUGCACAACAGGCGUUUGCUGAGGCUGAUCAAGAUCAUGACGGUCAAUUGACACUGAAAGAAUUUCAGCAGUGGUAUCAGCAACCAGGUGGGAUCGGCGAAGUUGCGAAGAACGGGGAGCAGUUGUUUAGCUUAGCGGAAGCUCGACGACUAACGAAUCUGCAAGCUUUCUCGCCCAUGGAAGUCUUUGAAGCUCUAGCGGAGUGCGCCGAUGAGCAAGGAUACGUGCCGCGAGAGUCGUUUGAUAAAUGUUUCCGGAAAAUCAUCUCGACGAACCAAGGUAUCAAGUCGGAUGAGUACCAAAGGAUUAACACCAUUCUCAACCGCCUGUUUGAACUAUUCGAUGUGGACAAGAACGGAAUGGUCGACUUCAGCGAGAUCUCAAGUGGUCUGUCAGUGUUCUGUGGUGGCUCGUCCGAGGAGAAGAUCCGCGCUGCGUUUGCGUUGUAUGACUACAACGCCGAUGGGUACAUCUCGAUGGAAGAAAUGACGCGGUAUCUGACGUCUGUUUUCCGAGUGCUGAAGGAGGCGUCGCCUUCUGGUCUGCAGCAACUGGGACGCGAGUCUCCAGAGGAAUUGGGUGUCCGUACAGCGCAGCAAGCUUUCGCAGAGGCUGAUCUUGACCACGAUGGUCGUUUGAGUUUCCCAGAGUUCCGCAAGUGGUACACUCGCUCCAACGCCGCCAACAUGGAGCGACUCAUCCAGAAUAAUAUUCCGGAGUGGCUAUCGUUGCGUGAGGUGCGACGUCUGACUAACCUGGAGUCGUUCUCGGCUCAGCAAGUGCUGAAUACUUUCGCCAAGUUCACAGCUGCGGAUGGUACCAUGGAUAAGGAAACGUUUCGACAGGCUUUUGAUCACUUCAAAGUCGAGUCUGCAACUCAGGAGUCGAGGGACAGACUGCAAUUACUAGUGGAUCGUAUCUUCGAACUGUUCGACAAGGAUAGCAAUGGCCUGGUGGACUUUAACGAACUGGCGAGUGGGUUGUCGGUGCUCUGUGGUGGAAGCCAAGCGGACAAGGUGCGCGCCGCCUUCAAUUUGUAUGACGUGAACCAUGACGGAUACAUUUCGUUGGGUGAAAUGCGCCUCUACCUCACUUCAGUCUUCAAGGUGCUCUUUGAGGUGAAUCCUGACAGUGAGGCACGCAUGGGAGUGACACCAGAGGAACUUGGAGAGAUAACAGCAGAGCAAGCAUUUGUUGAAGCGGAUCACGACAGAGAUGGUAAGCUUUCCUUUGAAGAAUUCAGUCAGUGGUACAUGCAGCCGAAAAGGGUGGGCGAUCUACCUGUGCCCGCUGUUCUCGGCGAGCAGCAACAAGAACGAAAGCACCAAGUACCCGAUUGGGUGAGUCUGGAUGUGGUGAAGCAGAUGACGAACUUGGAGAAGUACACAGCUGACGAAGUGUUUGAAAUCUUUGCCAACCGUUGCUCUGAGAAUGGCACGCUGUCCCGUGAGGCCUUUGAAGAAUGUUUCGAGCAGCUAGUGGAUGAGCAGUACAAGAACGAUGAGGUCAGUCUGGCGCGACUGCGGCUUAUUCUGAAUAGGUUAUUCAUUAUCUUCGACGAGAACCAGGACGGUACGGUGGAUUUCUGUGAGCUGACAAGUGGGUUGUCAGUGCUCUGCGGUGGCUCUCGAGAGGAAAAGGUCCGUGCUGCAUUCUCGCUCUAUGAUCUCAAUCAAGAUGGGUUCAUAUCUCUGGACGAGAUGGUGCGCUACCUGGCCAGUGUGUUCAAGGUCUUGUAUGAGACCAGCCCGGGGACUGACCGAAAACUAGGAGUGCGGCCAGAGGAGUUGGCAACAAUCACGGCUGAGCAAUGUUUCUUGGAAGCAGAUCUGAACGAGGACGGGAAGCUGAGUUUUGACGAGUUUGUAGCCUGGUAUUCAAAGUCGUCCCGAUUUGAGGCUCCCGCGGCAGGUGUAAGCAGCAUUCUUGGUCAACAGCAAGCGACAAAGGGCAACACGAGCGAGAGUCAAAGCAAUGGGUCGUUUUCACGUGAUAACAGUAAAGUUGGCAGCCAGAGUGGAUCACCAGCUCCCGAAUCACCAAGAAAAACUGUGUGGGGUGCUGGAAAGGGCCCUGGUCCGAGCGGUGUCAGCACGGCUCCUGUUAGUUUUCCGUCCGACAAGAUCUACGGUAUGACUGGAUCUAAUGGAGACGCAUUGCUGUCACCAAACUCAGCGUCUGCGUUGAAUAUGAACAGCUCGAAUAUGGAGCACGUCCGACAACUGCUCAAGCUGGACACGUACGAGGUUAACGAUGUGCUGGAGAUCUUCGCUGAGGCUGCUCCCUCCGGAGAGCUAACGUUUGCGGCAUUCAAGAAGUGUUUCGAUCAGAUCAUUCGACUGGCAGGUGGCCACGAGUCAACAGAAGAGCGACAAGAAGCUGAUGCGAUGAUCCGUAGGCUCUUCUGUGUAUUCGACACGGACAACAGCAACACAGUCGAUUUCGGUGAGCUCGCCAGUGGCCUCUCGGUGUUGUCAGGGUCGAGUAUGGACGAUAAAGUUCGUGCUGCAUUCCAGCUCUAUGACAUCAAUGGUGACGGAUACAUCACGCAAGAAGAGAUGAUCAGCUACAUGACGUCGAUCUUCAAGGUCAUGUACGAGACAACGGACAGCACAAAGACCAAGAUGGGCGUGUCCCCAGAAGAAUUGGCUCGCGUGACGGCGGAACAGUGCUUUAAGGAGGCAGAUCUCAAUGGAGACAACAAGCUCAGCUUUGAAGAGUUCAAGAAGGUACGAAAACGUGGUACCAAGUACUGAAGUGUGUUGUGGCUAAUGGUGUUUUGUGUUUGUGGUUGCAGUGGUGCACUUCUGGGCUUUAAGGAAGCAGGUACUAUUAGGAGCAAAGUAAAACGAAUGCAUUCUUGUUGAACGCACGAGUCGAUGAUUCUUCUUUACUGGAAAACUUGGAUCUCGUCAUCUUGCAGGAAGGCGUCGCCAACAUCGACAUUGAUGUUCAUGUCAAAAUCAAGCUUAUCAAUCCCGAUGCCUCCCUCUUCUACCAUGAGAUCAGUAAGGGCAUCGAGCAAACACUCACUGACAUCAGCUAAACGCAUGGAAACGAUUAGCUAGCAGCAGGCACACUGUUGGACUAUCAUCAUCUUACCGUGGGCGUCAAGAAGACGUUUGUGAAGUUGCUUUUGCUCUUGCCCGACACGAUCGGUGAAUUCCUCAAUAGUAGCCACCCUCGUUAGGAACUCGUCUUCAUUGUCAUCGUCCUGGAAACAUGGCAUCGAUGUGAGUUGAGCCCGUCAACGAAAAGUCAAGCACUCGAGCGAGUACACUUACCACCGUGCACAAGAGAUUCACUGCGAGCUCUUCCUCAACUCCGCUAAGACUAUUGGAGUAACACUCGACGUUAGGAAGUGACAGAUUUGUUUUGUGAUGUAAAAUCGUACCAAUCCUCUCUGCAGUCAGGAGACGGAGCCACAGCACUCAACUCCACAUCAGCAACAGGAUCUUGAGAUGUUGAGGCUGGCUUGAGAGCUAGCAGUACGAGAGGUGCAAUCACGCCUGAAUCCUCUUUUUCACGACAGGCAUCUCCUGAAGAAGUCCUGCUCAAAAGUAGCCAAUAAACCGAGGAAUGAGCUACCACAAGGAUGAUGGCCGUGCGCUCAAUACAAAAUCUUACCCUGACUUGAUCACCCGGUUGGUCAUCUUGUUGGGAUUUCCAAGGCCUCGCACUGUUCCAACCAAGCAUUAAAGCCCCAUAAACCUACUUACUCAUUGUUGGCAACGUACCGUCUUGAGUCUUGCACCUCUUUGAUGCUGGAGCUGCCCCUGCUAACAAGCCUCUCUUCUUCAAAACAGUUGCGUCGUUUACCGUCGUCUUCAUGGCACCCAUCUUUGUGGCGAAUGAGGUGCUGCUUCCUAUAGCUUUCAAGUUCUCGGCACAAGCCCCGGACUGCUUCUCUGUGUCCUCCUUUAGAGCAGGGUUUUUCAACAUGAAGCUUGAAUUUGCACGUCCAGUUUUGCUCGGGAACGCAGUCUUCUUGUCUUGAUGAAAUAACCCAGCUACUUUUCUCUUUUUUGCUGCAGAAGACUUAGUUUCUGCGCCGAAAGCAAAUGGCGCAGUUCCUUUUGCUUGUGUCUUGAACAACAAGGUUUCCUUAUCCUUUGCUCCAGUUCCAC